AUGUUAUCUCCAAUUUUAUACACUCGAGUUCCACCUUCACUGAAAGUUUUAAAUCAACUUUUACUGCCUCAUCAGACCAUAUAUGAUACGGUGACAACAAUUCAACAAGGUUAUGAUCAGAUAAAGCAAAUGAAAGUUCGGGGUGCACCGGCGAUAGGGCUGGUUGCGUCUCUUUCUUUAGCCGUAGAUCUCCAGCUUAAACUACUUAAUUCCACCGAAGACUCCCAAGUUACAACCAUAAUUUCUUCUCCGAUAGAACUUAAGGCAUUUAUUAAGAAAUCCCUGGACUAUCUGAAUACCUCGCGUCCAACUGCAGUAAAUUUAUCUCUUGCUUCCGAGAAAUUGUGGAAGAUUACUUGCAGGGGACUUGAAGAAAGCUUGGAAUCAAAAGAAAUUAUCGAAAGAUUGGUGGAUGUAGCUGUCGAGAUGUUGGAAGAUGACUUAGAGGAUAACAAAAACAUUGGAAAAUUUGGCGGAGAAUUUAUACUCGGAAAAAUUGAAGAGGAUAAAGGUGAAACAAAAAUGAUUAGUGUCCUUACACAUUGCAAUACCGGUUCAUUAGCCACCUCUGGUUACGGGACGGCACUUGGUAUAAUACGUUAUCUACAUUCGCAAAGGCAUCUAUCGCACGCUUAUUGUACCGAAACGCGACCCUAUAAUCAAGGAUCACGAUUGACUGCUUAUGAGCUUUUACAUGAUCAGAUUCCAAGUACCUUGAUCUGCGACUCGAUGGUUUCCUCUUUAUUAUCAUCAUCCGUUUUGCCGCAUCUCAAGUCAUGCCAGGUAAUCACAGAAAAUUCGAACAAGAUAACGGCAAUUAUAGUUGGCGCGGAUAGGAUUGCGAGGAAUGGGGAUACAGCCAAUAAAAUUGGCACGUACCAAUUAGCUGUAAUUGCAAAGCAUCAUGAUGUAAUGUUUAUAGUUGCAGCGUCGUUCACGAGCAUCGAUUUGACAAUAAAAAAUGGUAAAGACAUAGUUAUAGAGGAGAGAUCGGAGGAUGAGGUGGUUCUUGUCAGCGGAGCUUCUGUGAAUAACGGAGGUGGGUUUAAAGAAGCUGAAUAUGAGAGUGGCAAGAUAAUUAUCAGCAAGGUUAGGGUACCACCAACUGGAGUUAAGGUUUGGAAUCCGAGUUUUGAUGUAACGCCUGCUAGGUUGAUCACUGCCAUUGUGACUGAGAAAGGUGUCUUUGAAAGGAGAGAAGGAAUGAACGAAUUCAACUUGGAAGAAUUUUGCUAA